CACACCCGGGCUGCCCCCUCCUGCCAGGCCCUGCUGGACCCGGCGCUGUCUUCUCCUCCCUGUCACCCGCGGUCGCCUCGGGCGGGGAUCCGUGCCCCGAAGCGCAAAGCCUGACGCACCCCCCUCCCGGUCCCCCCAUCUCCCACCGCCCAGCCCCGGCAGCGAUGAGACAGAGCGGCGCCUCCCAGCCCCUGCUGAUCAACAUGUACCUGCCAGAUCCCGUCGGAGAGGGUCUCUUCAAGGAAGGGAAAAGCCCGAGCUGGGGGCCCCUGAGCCCCGCGGUGCAGAAAGGCAGUGGUCAGAUCCAGCUGUGGCAGUUUCUGCUCGAGCUGCUGGCCGACCGCGCAAACGCCGGCUGCAUAGCGUGGGAAGGCGGCCACGGCGAGUUCAAGCUCACGGACCCGGACGAGGUGGCGCGGCGCUGGGGCGAGCGCAAGAGCAAGCCCAACAUGAACUACGACAAGCUGAGCCGAGCGCUGCGCUACUACUAUGACAAGAACAUCAUGAGCAAGGUGCACGGCAAGCGCUACGCCUACCGCUUCGACUUCCAAGGCCUGGCGCAGGCCUGCCAGCCGCCGCCCGCUCACGCCCACGCCGCCGCCGCCGCUGCCGCCGCCGCCGCCGCCGCCGCCCAGGACGGCGCGCUCUACAAGCUGCCCGCCGGCCUCGCGCCGCUGCCCUUCCCGGGCCUCUCCAAACUCAACCUCAUGGCGGCCUCAGCCGGCGUCGCGCCCGCCGGCUUCUCCUACUGGCCAGGCCCGAACCCCGCUGCCACCGCCACCGCAGCGCUCUACCCCAGCCCAGGCUUGCAGCCCCCGCCCGGGCCCUUCGGCGCUGUGGCUGCAGCCUCGCACUUGGGGGGUCAUUACCACUAGACGGGGCGCCCAGUGCUGCGCGGCCUCUUCCCAGAGCCUUGCCGAAUCCCACCCUCGUCCCGGAGAAGGGCCUGAGUUUGCCCCACGUCCCUUAAACCCGGAUUUUACUCCACCGGCCGCAUGCAGCCCCCCCCGAGGGGGAGGGUCGGAGGUCUCCUCAAUCUUUUAGGGGGGUACCGGGGAUCGAACUCAGGACCUUGCGCUUGCCAGGCAGGCGCGGUGCCUCUGAGCUAAAUCCCCGGGCCUCCUCGGUCUUCCUUAAACUCUAGAUUUGCACCCACCUCACCCCUAGUACCCCAAGAAGGCGACUGGGCCUGUUUUUUCUGUCUCCUCUCUUUCUCUCCACCUGACCUCUCUCCUAGAAGCCCCCUCCAUUAUGACCUCUUGUUUCCCAAUUCCGAAUCUUUUUUCACUUUUUCUCGCCCCCACGGAGCUGCCCCAGAUGCCGGCACCUGGAAGCCUCUCACAUUCGUUCUUCCCGGGACUUUGAGUAGGUUUGGUAAAGGCCACAGCCCCCCAAGACACAGGCUUCCCGCGUUCCCCUCUCCACAUUCUGGCUGAAGGGUCCGGUGUAUUUCUAUUCCCUUUCGGGCCCCAUUAAAGCUC